UUUCUUAAAGGAUAAAUAGAUGUGCCACUUGCCAGAUUUCACAGAAGCCACCUAACUCGAAGCAGGCUGCCAUGACCAGCCAGUCUCAGGGGAUCCACCAGCUCCUUCAGGCAGAAAAAAGGGCCAAGGACAAGCUAGAGGAAGCCAAGAAGAGGAAAGAGAAGCGAUUGAAGCAAGCUAAGGAGGAAGCCAUGGCAGAAAUUAACCAGUACAGAAUGCAGAGAGAUAAGGAGUUUCGACUGAAACAAUCUAAGGUAAUGGGGUCUCAAAGUAAUCUCUCAGAGGAAGUAGACGAGCGAACACUCGGGAAGAUAAAAGAAUUGAAUGGAAGCUACAACAAGUACAUGGAAGUCGUGCUGAAACAGCUUUUGAACAUGGUUUGCGACGUGAAGCCGGGAAUCCACGUAAACUACAGAGCUACCCACUAAACGUGCACCCUACUGCUCAAUAAAUGGGUCACCGUAUUUGGAGGUGGGCCAUUUAAUGAGUAAUUGAGUCAGGAGAGUGGAGCCCUCGUGAUUAGAAUUCGCGCUCCUAUAAGAAGACAUCAGAGAGCUAGUUCACUCAGAGAGGAGAAGUUGGCAAUCUGCAACCCGGAAGAGGGCUCUCACCAGCCCCUGACCAUGCUGGUACCCUAAUCUCAGACUUCCAGCCUCUAGAACUAUGAAAAAUAAAUUUUCUGUUAUUUAUAAGCCA